ACAAUUACAUUUCUGCAGUGAAUCAAGCAUUUCAAAACUAAAUAAAAAUAUGUAAAUAACAAUAAACAAGAGGUUUGGUUUAGUACAUCUCAUUAUGUCUCUUAAUGUAUUAAAUGAAUUGAUUUUGGAUCAUUUAUUUGGUAAAGACCAAAUUAGUAAAGUAUACAUUUCAAAUUCAAUCAAAAAGCAUUCCCACAAUUUGAAGGAAAAUGGGGAUUUAAGUUUUCCUUUGGAUUACGAAAUUUGGAAAAAUAAAAUAUUGGAUAAAUCGUUAAGAGAAGAUAAAUUAGAAGAAAAUUGUGUGACCCUGGUUGAAAAAAGUCAACAAUGGCAAAUACCUAUCGAAAGAAUUGACUUUAAAAAUAGUAGAUGUCUACUAUAUUUAAAUAAGCUUAAAACUAUCCAAUUUGUUUUUAAAGAAGUUUUGGAAAAUAAUUCGUUCGGAAAACAAGAACUAAAACAUAAUUUUCAAGUUAUAUUUCCAAUUAGCAAUAAUACAGACUUAACUAAUUGGAGAAGGAAUUUAGUAGCAACAACGUUAAAUAAUGUAUUGGAAUUUUGUAGAAGUAAUGAGACAUGCUCUUCGCCUAAUGCUAACACCGUUUGUUACCUAGAUUUUUCUGAUAAAAAAACCAAUUAUGAAGACAGAAGUGUUGCGAUGAGUUGCGGAUUGGUAGUUGAUGCUUCUACGAAGAAGAAAACCAAUUUAUGUUUUCAUGAUUAUUUUUGUUCUAGAAGAAGAGACAUGCAAUUGAUAGCAAUGCACAAAUAUGGUAUAAGAAUGCAAGGUGAUACAUGUUUUGCAGAAUUUUUAGAUAAACUUGGAUCAGCCACAGUAACAAUAGAUUUGUUAGAAGUUAAACACACAAGUCCUAUUCAAGUGAGUAACGAAAAGAUGAGCAAUUCAAAGGGAGCUUCUUUUAUUUUAUAUAAUUGUGCUAGACUUGAAACUCUUCUAGAAAAGUUUAACGACCGAGUAGCAAAGAAUUUUUAUUCAGAGCUUCCAGCAUUAUCAGAGACUGACCUAACGCCUUUACUUGAAGAAGAAGAGUGGCUAAUGGUUUAUGAUUUUAUCCUGUAUUUUCCUGACAUGAUUUAUAGAGUAUUAGAGAACUUAGAAAAUGGUCGAUGUGCACUACACUUAAUUCCGCAAUUUUUAAGUAAAUUAGUUUCGUUAUUUAGUGUUUACUACAGAAGAGUUAAAAUUUUAGUUGACAAUCGUCAUAAUUUGAUAACUAACUUGUUUGCCAGAAUUUAUCUUUUAAGGUGUGUGCAAAAAAUUUUUAAGAUAAGUUUGAAAUUUCUCAAUAUAGAACCUAUUCACAAAAUGUAAGUUUUUUAAGUAGCUUUUUGCAAAUUAAAUUUACAA